AUUCUCCCAGCCUCUCAGGGCUGAGGGCAGCACAGUCUGCAGAACUGACUUUUGCAAAUAUUGGCUGCGUAGGCUCCCCCACGGUUGGUGUCACACCAUGGAGCGCUUUGUCCUUAUCCUGCCGGGCUUGUGGGUUGAGUCAUAUAUCGGGGCGCCGCCGAGGGCUUGCCCAGCUCUUCUAGCCUACCCUCAUAGGAUUGCCAUUGAAUCGUUGCUGGUUUCGCAGAGGAAACAUGCCGGCCACUGACCCCAAUACCACCAGCCUCGGUGGCCUCGACACAACGGAGGCCAAGACCGUCGAUGUUCCCAGCCACGGAGCCACAAACGCAGAGGUGGCCAUCAACGAGAAGACCGGCUACACUUUCGAGGACGCAGAGGUCGCCGAGGAUGACGGCGAGAUCAAGGCUGCCCCCCUUCCUCUUUACGAAGGCGGUGAGACCGAGAAAGGCAAUGGCAGUGAGGACGUUAUCAUCAUCACCGGUGCCGAUGCGUCGAAGCACCUUCUGCCCAUCAGGGACGAUUUUGACCCCGCGUUGACCUUUCGAAGUCUAUUCUUGGCUACUUUCCUCUCGGGUUUCCAGGCUGUCAUGACCCAGAUUUACAACUUCAAACCGACUUUAGUCAGCAUCCAGGGCACUUUUAUCGUCCUCAUAGCCUACUUUCUCGGCAGGGCGUGGGCCAAUGCUCUCCCCCGUGGUGAUUACUUUGAGGCUAGAUGGAGGGCGAAGGGCGGCCAGGGCAAGAUUCCAACGUGGAUCCGAGUCGUGUCAUUCUUCAAUUAUGGACCGUGGGGCCUGAAAGAGCACGCAAUCUGCUCUAUCACUGCCACGUCCGCCUCCAACGCUUCCGCCAGCGUUACCGUGUUCGCGGCACAGGACCUCUUCUACAACCUGCCCUUGAGCGCGACCACUGUGGUCUUGAGUACCAUCUCGAUUGGGCUCUUCGGCUACGGCAUCGCCGGUCUCUUACGUCCCAUUGCCGUCUGGCACGUCGACGCCGUCUACUGGAGUGCCCUUCCCACGGUCAAGACUCUCCAAGGUCUCCAUUGGCAAGAAAUCAAGAGCUCCAAGCCUCUCCGAUACUUCUGGUAUGCUUUCACGGGCAUGUUCUUCUACGAGUUCUUCCCUGCCUACAUGUUCCCAUGGCUCAAUUCAAUCUCCAUCCCCUGCCUAGCCUCGAUGCACGCUACUGGCAACAAGGCGUCUAUCCUCACAAACCUCUUCGGCGGGUCCCUCAACAACGAGGGAAUAGGGCUUUUCAAUAUGUCUUUCGAUUGGCAAUAUAUCACAUCCUUCAACACUGCUCUGCCCCUCAAGCUGCAAGCCAACCAGGCCGCUGGGUAUCUUGUCUGCUUUGCCGCCAUGCUCGGCAUCUACUACUCCAACACCUGGGAUGCAAAGUCGUACCCAUUCAUGUCAACCAGACUUCUAUCAGCGGAUGGCUCAUUGUAUCCCAUCACGAAAGUGUUCACAAGUGGUGUCCUCAACCACGAUGCUCUGGCCCAGUACGGCAUCCCCAGUCUCAGCGGAACUUUUGCAUACGCACUGUUCAUGGCAAAUGCUGCCAUCGGCGCUCUAAUUGCUCACUGCGUCCUCUUUUGGGGUGGUGACAUCAAGAGGGCGUACAAGAGCGCAAGAGCCGAGAGCUACGACGACCGCCAUCAUAACCACAUGGCCAAGCAUUACAAGGAAACACCAUGGUUGUGGUAUGGUGCGGUGCUUCUUUUCAGCUUCAUCCUCGGUCUCGUCGUUGUCAUCAAGGAGAACAUUUCCCUUCCGCUUUGGGCAUACGUUGUCUCGCUGUUGUUGGGAAUCUUCAUCGCACCCUUCAGCUGCAUUAUCUACUCUCGUUUUGGCAAUGGUAUCGCCACGAACAACCUGUCUAAGAUGUUGGCGGGUCUGAUGCUUCCCGAACGCCCCGUUGGUAACAUGUACUUUGCCGCUUGGUCGCACAAUGUCAUCGAAAACACGGUUCUCCUGUGUAAUGACCUGAAGAUGGGUGAAUACCUCAAGAUCCCACCUCGUGUCAUGUUCCUUACUCAAAUUUAUGGUACUGUCUUGGGUGGUUUCGUCAACUACGCUGUCAUGAUCUCCAUUGUGAAGGGCAACCGCGAUCUCCUCAUUAACAGCAACGGUGACGCUUCCUGGUCCGGUGCUACCAUCCAAUCUUACAACACCAAUGCAACUUCUUGGGCGCUGGCCAAGUACCUCUACAAGACGGGCGCCAAGUACCACAUGGUACCCAUCGGAUUGGCUAUUGGCGCCGCAAUUGUGGCUGCCCACCGCAUCGUCUGCCAUUUCGUCCCCAAAAUUCGAGGCUUCGCACUCGACAAUAUCAACAUGCCCCAAUUCAUCCAAUUCGCCGGCUACAUUCCUGCCAGCGCGUCCCAGACCUGCGUCAUCUUCAGCCAGGUCAUUGCUGGGUUCUUCGUCCAGUUCUACCUCCGAAACUACCGUCCCCGCAUCUUCAAGGACUACUCGUACCUUGUCACGGGUGCUUUUGACGGCGCCAGUCUUACGGCACUGUUCAUCCUGUCCUUUGCCGUCUUCGGCGCCGGAGGACGCGCUAUUCCCUUCCCCUCGUGGUGGGGCAACAACGUCAAUGGGAACUAUGAUCUGUGCCCUACGGGAGACUAAGCUGGACUCGUCGGACGUGACUGCUUUCCGUCAGCACCGAAUGGCCUUAUGGUUGUAAUUGGAUACAAGAGUUGUAUAGAAGAAGGCUCUGUAUAUUCCGAUUUAGGUACAUCUGUGAUGAUAGAUCCUCGCACUAACCUGAUGAAAAGUUUUGUCUUUUAUGCCACUCUAAAUCUUGUCUGAU